CCUCCUGGCCGCCAUUAAAGAAUUCAAUCCAUGAACUGAAAUAAUGGAAAUCUGCAGGACCCAUGGAUCAGGCAGAGAAAAGUAGCCGAUGAGUAGUAUCGCCAAUUUAGCAUUUCGUUUGUUUUAAGAGUAGUUUUACUAUGACGGAGCCCUGUGAUGGUUUUAGCGAAAAGGAGGGCGGUGUAGCUAAUUGUUUUAUUUAGCUAGCAAGCUAGCGUUGGAGCUCUGGUAUGUUAGCUUUUGUGCUAGCAGGCUAGGAGAGAUCAGGGGGAGGGGAGAGUUCCUUUGCUUUGAAAUUGUUUCAGAUCAGCUAGCUAGCGUUAGCAUUAGCACACCGGGAACUAAGCUUUUGGGGUGAAGUUUUUUAGUUUUCGAGCUCGUAUUUUUUAUUGCGCAUCUAACUUUUCUGGUAUUUGAUUUGUCGUUUGUCUGUUCUGGUCAUGUUUACGUUGACUAUUCAAUAAGGUAAUGUAGUAGCAAGAUUGCGGCUAACCAGAUCAGACAAUACAUUUCAAAUAGGAUUGAUGAACCGAAUAGCUAGAAGCUUACAGUUGACGUUGGGUGCCUGUCUAACGUUAGCUUAGCUACCGGGCUAGUGGUGGCUAGCGCCGGUUAGAAGUUGUCUGGUUGACUAGCGGCAGCUAGCUGUAGCUAGCAAGUUGGUCAGCGCUUAAACGGUAUAAUUACAACGGAACACCGCUUCCACAGCAAGUUACCUACAUCGGCUAUUGCCCCAGACGGUGAUUGAGACAAUGGACCUUUACGUUACAACCACGCAGUGAAAGGAUGAGUUCGUGCUUUGUACCAAACGGGGCCAGUUUGGAGGACUGCCACUCCAAUCUCUUCUGCCUGGCUGAUUUGACUGGAAUAAAAUGGCGGCGAUUUGUAUGGCAAGGACCCACCUCAUCGCCCAUCCUUUUCCCUGUGACCGAGGAAGACCCUAUAUUGUGUAGUUUCAGCCGAUGCCUGUCUGCAGAUGUGCUGAGUGUGUGGAGAAGGCACCACACCCCGGGUCGCAGGGAGCUCUGGCUUUUCUGGUGGGGGGAUGACCCCAGUUUUGCCGAGCUUAUCCAUAAUGAGCUCUCAAGUGAAGAGGAUGGUGAGUGGGAGAGUGGCCUGUCCUACGAGUGUAGAACGCUUCUUUUCAAAGCCAUCCACAACCUGUUGGAGCGGUGUCUCAUGAACCGUGGCUUUGUUCGCAUCGGCAAGUGGUUUGUUAAGCCAUACCAAAAGGAGGAGAAGACCAUUAAUAAAAGCGAGCACCUGUCUUGUGCAUUCACAUUUUUCGUGCACGGCGACAGCAACGUGUGCACGAGUGUGGAGAUCGCUCAACAUCAGCCUCUUCAGCGGCUGAAUGAGGAGCAUCUCAGCCUCGCACAGCAGAACAACAGCCCUCUGCAAGUCAUCCUUAGCCCAUACGGCUUGAAUGGGACCCUCACCGGUCAGGCUUUCAAGAUGUCAGACCACCCCACUCAGAAGCUCAUAGAGGAGUGGAGGCAGUUCUAUCCCAUCAGCCCAAAUCCCAAGGACGUCCAGGAAGAUAAGAUGGAGGAUACAGACUGGGAGGAUGACUCUCUGGCGGCUGUGGAGGUCCUCGUCGCGGGAGUUAGGAUGGUGUACCCUUCCUGCCUGGUGCUUCUCCCCCUGUCGGACCUUCCUGCUGUGGUCCUGCAGGGCUCAGUGAACACCUCAGGAAGCCUGUGUGGUGCUCAGCAGGGCCACGCUGCUCACAGAGACCCUGCCAUGUCCUCUGUCACUCUGACUCCUCCAACAUCACCAGAGGAGGCUCAGACUGAUUACCAGCCUGCUCAGAGGUGGCUGAAGUUGUCCUCUGCGUCGGAUGGCUACAGCUCUAACAACACUCUUCAUGGGGGUAAAAUCCCUCGCAGGCUGGCCAGCCAGAUGGUGGAGUCUGUAUGGCAGGAAUAUAACAUAAACCGUACAGGGAACAAGAGGAAGUUUACCACUUUAACCAAUGGGACCUGUGAGGAGGAGUCGGACAAAACUGGUCUUUGGGAUUUUGUGGAGUGUACUCACAGGCCUCAUUGCAAUUGCUUACGACAUAAGAAUCAGAAGCAGCGAUCCAGCAGCACCUCAGGACACCCGCCUUCAUCCGGCCAGCCUGCCCAGCCGGCCCUCAAGCACAAGCUGGGCGAGAAGCUGGAAAAGGGGGAUAAGCAGCAGAAGAGGCCGCAGACGCCUUUUCACCACCGCAACUCUGUGAGCGAGGAGCAGACCAUGGAGCCGCAGAACCAGAGGCUUUGUUUGAGAUCACAGGACGACGGCUCGUAUCCCAGUCUGCACCACGUGGAUACCGUGUCCUCCAAAGCCCCUACGCUGCACACACACCCUGCAGACCUCAACGGAUCUCCGCCUCCCCCUCCUCUUAGCCCACACCCCUGCGAUCACGCAGAAGGUGACAUGACUCCCGGCGGCAUGAAGAACUCUUCCACGCCCAUUCAUCAAACGUUCUAUCCGCCAUCGGUGGAGCCCUGUCUGCUUCCUCAGAAGGGCUUGGAGGAGGACCCUCGGCUGGAGAACAUGCCUAUGCCUUUCCCCCAAUCCUACAAUGAAACAUUGGAACCUACUGUCUUUGUGGGUUCAGCCAUUAACCCCAAUGAAGACUCCACCCACAACCCCUGGAAGUAUUUCAACCUGCCCAGGAAGAAGGCAUCAAACUUCCUGACGCCCCUGUUACCUGUGGACAAAAUACGAGAUGAUUCUGGGGGAGGAGGAGGAACAGAAAACGUAAUCUCCGUCACAGAGUUGAUGUCGGGGUCCACGCAUACCCUGAAGGUGUCCCAGGAGCUGGUCAGGGCCUACGCCCAGCGGAGAAACAGCCAUUAUGCCUCCGCAUCAGGUGACAGAGAACACGGUGACGAUUCAGACCCUUACGCCUUUGUAGAGGGAGACGAGGAGUUCAGCUUUACAGAGAAGAAGGACAAGUCUGGCUCAGAAAGGGAUGGCAGCAAGAAAAACAAGGGGGACGAGGACAAUGGAUCAGCAGACGAUGGUCAGGGUGCAUCGGGCAGUAAACCUACCGCCUCCACCAGCCUUAUCCACGAGAACGACUUGGCCGUGUCAUACAGCGACCUGGAUAAAAUCUUCAAUUCAGAUGAAGAUGAGCUAGUGCCUGGCUCCAAAAGAGCUGGAGUUGGUUCGGAGGACAAGUUUGGCUGUAAAGACAGUAAAGGAGCCACGUUGGAUCCUCUGUCUUGCAUAAGCUCAGCAGACCUGCACCAGAUGUUUCCCACCCCGCCCUCCCUGGAGCAGCAGGGUUACUCUCCCAUGAACUCCGGGGGCAAGGACAGCCUGGAAGGAGGAGCGGGCCUCACCCUGUUGGACGGCAGCCAGCUCAACAACCACUUCAAGAUGGAGGUGGAGGAGGGAUAUUGCAGCCCAAAGCCAUCGGAAAUAAAGGACUUCUCCUUUGUAUACAAGCCAGAGACGUGUCAGUUGUUAAUCGGCUGUUCCAUGUACGCACCAUUGAAGAUGCUACCAAGCCAGUGUCUGUUGCCUAUCAAACUGCCAGAAGACUGUGUGUACACGCCCAGUUGGACCAUGGGCAAAAUGGAAUUGAUACCCCCAGUGACGAAUGUCAAUCUCCUCACCAAAGACAGUAACGUCCCAAGUGUGGAGCCAGACUACAGUCAGACCUACACCCCCCAGACCCACACCCCCUUCAUGUCCAGCAGUGCCCCCCCGAGCAACAGCGGCACCGGCAUCCUGCCCUCCCCAGCCACGCCGCGCUUCUCCGUGCCUACGCCUCGCACCCCACGCACUCCACGCACUCCCCGCGGCCCGUCGAGUGUCCAGGGCUCCCUUAAGUACGACAACUCUGACCUUUACUCCCCCGCCUCUACUGCCUCCACCUGUCGACCUGUCAGCUCUGUUGAGCCGGCCACCGUACCUUCCAUCCCCGAGGCUCACAGUCUCUACGUCACCCUCAUUUUGUCCGAGUCAGUCAUGAACCUCUUCAAGGACUGUAACUUUGACAGUUGCUGCGUGUGUGUCUGCAACAUGAACAUCAGAGGAGCAGAUGUAGGGGUGUACCUCAAGGACAAUGGCGAGGCCCAGUACCCCUGCACUUGUGGCUUCAGUGCUGUCACAAAUCGGCGCUUUGGCCAGUCGGCCGGGCUGUUUCUGGAGGACGAGCUGGACGUGGUGGUGCGCGGCUCGGACGCAAGUCGGGACACUGAGCGGUGUUUCGAAGAGCUGCGAGCUUCCACGGCUCACAAAGCUGGCAGCCUGACAGAGAAGCCUCCGGAUGAGCUAAUCCUGCUGCUGCAGGACCAGUGCACCAACCCUUUUGCCCCCAUGGCAGGCGUAGAAUACACCAAGCAGAGCUCAGCACCCAGUUCAUUUCUGAGGGUGGAAGAGAGAGACUGUUAUAAUGACUGCUACAUGGCACUGGAGCACGGCAGGCAGUUCAUGGACAAUAUGUCAGGGGGAAAAGUAGAUGAAGCACUAGUGAAGAGCACCUGUCUUCAUCACUGGCCAAAAUGCAAAUCAGCAGACAUGAGCAAGCUAUUCUCUCAGGACGUCCUGCGGGUGUUGUUGUCCCUGCAGCCUGUGCUGCAGGACACCAUUCAGAAGAAGAGGAGUGUGCGCUCCUGGGGCGUUCAGGGACCGCUCACUUGGCAACAGUUCCACAAGAUGGCUGGGAGGGGAUCAUAUGGUACCGAUGAGUCUCCUGAGCCUCUGCCCAUCCCCACUUUCUUGGUCGGUUAUGAGUAUGAUUUUGUGGUGCUGUCUCCUUUCGGCUUGCCAUACUGGGAGAAGCUUCUUCUGGAUCCUUUUGGUUCCCAGAGAGAUGUGGGAUAUGUUGUCAUCUGCCCAGAGAAUGAGGCUCUACUCCGCGGCGCAAAGACCUUCUUCAAAGAUCUGAGUGCUAUGUAUGAGGCAUGCCAGCUUGGGCAACACAGGCCCAUCUGUAAGAGUCACCCAGAGGGCGUAUUGAAGGUCGGCGCCACAGAAGGCAGGAGCAUGACGGAGCAGCCCCUUAGUGACUGGUUCCUUAAGAUGGCUGCCAGAGACGGAAACAAUGAAGCCUUUAAUCGGCUCAAACUCUUUGCUCAAGUGUGCCGCUAUGAUCUAGCUCCAUACCUGUCAGAGCAGUCUUUGGAUAGCUCCCUACUGUCUCAGCGCAGCCCUGUUGUGGCCUCUCCCUUGUCCCAGACCCCCAGCUCUUCCAGCACCACCUCAGGACCCCAGAGCACCAACACUACCAGCGCCAGCAUCAGCUCUGCCCCGGUCAACAGCACCCCUCCCUCUGCCUCCUCAGGCCCACAGACAAUUGGGGGGAUGCCCUCAGCCAAGCCAAGCUCUUACACGCCGUUUGGAACGUCAGGCCUGCAGGGCAGCUCGUCUCAGAACGGACCGCAGUCAAACCAACAGGGGGCGGGGGGGCUGGCAGAAAACGGACCCUCAGCCAACCAGCCUCAAGUGCACGUCGAGGCGCCAGAGAGGUAUGUUACCACAAUGAGGGCCAAUUUAGCAUCUAGACAGAGAGAUGCAUUUUUGUUAAAGACUAAAGUGUCACUGUCGUUUGUUCCCUGUCAGAUUGUUCCCUGCCAGUACCUGCUGCAGCCGGUGCGCAGCGGGGAGCGCCACCUCUACAGCCAACACCUCAAGUCGCUGGCCUUCUCUGUGUUCACUCAGUGUCGGCGGCCUCUGCCCAACUCGACCAACUUCAAGGCUCUGACGGGCUUUGGCCCCGGCCUUGCCAUCGACAUGGCACUAAAGGAUCCAGAGAGGCCCGAAUGUCUGCGCCUGUACACGCCGCCCUUCAUUUUGGCUCCUAUAAAAGACAAGCAGACUGAGCUCGGGGAGACGUUUGGCGAGGCUUCCCAGAAGUACAACGUCCUGUUUGUCGGCUACUGCCUUUCCCACGACCAGCGCUGGCUGCUGGCCUCCUGCACCGACCAGCACGGAGAACUGCUGGAGACCUGCAUUAUUAGCAUCGAUGUACCCAAUAGGGCGCGCAGGAAAAAGGGCUCCGUCAGGCGGGUGGGUUUGCAGAAACUGUGGGAGUGGUGUCUCGGCCUGGUGCAGGUGACAUCGCUGCCAUGGAGGGUGGUCAUCGGACGGCUUGGUAGAAUGGGCCACGGGGAGCUGAGAGACUGGAGUAUUCUGCUGAGCAGGAGGAACUUGCAGUCUCUCAGUAAACGCCUCAAGGAGACGUGCAAGUUGUGUGGCAUCUCUGCUGCUGACACUCCCAGCAUCCUUAGCGUCUGUCUAGUUGCAAUGGAGCCCCAGGGAUCCUUUGUCAUCAUGCCAGAUUCUGUGUCGACAGGUUCAGUGUUCGGUCGCAGCACCACGCUCAACAUGCAGACAUCGCAGCUGAACACUCCUCAGGACACAUCGUGCACACACAUCCUAGUGUUCCCCACCUCAGCCAUGGUGCAGGUCAACACUAACACGGCAGAGCCCAUCGACAUCAACUUUAACCCCAUAAACCCCGAUGGAUCUGACGGCAUGGGCCUCUUCGACCUGUUUGACAACGACAUGGUGGAUCCAGACCUCAUCAACAUUUUGCCCAACUCCCCCACAACCUCCCCUGUUCACUCCCCCGGCUCCCACUACCACCAGGGGGGAGACGGAACAAAGGGCCAGAGUGCUGACCGUAUGGAGUCCCAUGAGGAGGCUCUGAACAUCCUGCAGCAGCCCAUGGCGCUGGGCUACUUCGUCUCCACAGCCAAAACUGGACCACUGCCUGACUGGUUCUGGUCUGCCUGCCCUCAAGCCCAGAACCAGUGCCCUCUCUUCCUCAAGGCCUCUCUGCACCUGCACGUGUCUUCUGUCCAAUCAGACGAGCUCCUGCACAGUAAACACUCCCACCCCCUCGACUCCAACCACACCUCUGAUGUGCUCAGAUUUGUUCUAGAGCAGUACAACGCCCUCUCCUGGCUGACGUGCGACCCUGCGACCCAGGACCGACGCUCCUGUCUGCCCGUUCACUUUGUGGUGCUCACACAGAUGUACAACUUUAUCAUGAACAUGCUCUGAACUCUAUCGGGAUCAAAGUGCUGAGAUUUGAUUGGAUUUCCUGCUUUGAAUGAUCCCGGACACUCAAUGGACCUUACACUCCAUCAGGGCGAGUGGGGGGGAAGCAUCCCUCCUCCUCCUCCUCCCCCGGUGUUUCUCACACAACACUGACUGUCUACAAGUUUCCAAUCAAUCAAUCAGAUGCCAAGAAUCCAUUUUAGCAUUUUGGAAGAUCAAGGGACGUUUCAUAAACGAGAAUAAAUUGUCUUUUUAUGACUGUAGAUUGCAAUCUAUGAAAUUUUAUCUUAAUGAAAUGCCUGCAUAUAUUAUUUAUUGUAAGUUUUUAAAUGUGGAUUUUUUAAUGCUUAAUAUCUUUUAUAUAUUACAAAUCCUAGAGGGGGUGUACAUCUCACUGUAAAGGAAUUGGUUUAAAAAGUGUAAUUUUCUCAAUUACAACACGGAAAAACCUGUUCAAGUGAAUUUGCUGUAGAUUGCUUUUAGAAUAUUAUUUUUUCAAAGGGUACAGACCUUUUUAUUGCCAUGCUGUAAAAAUGAAGUAAAAGCUGGCCUGGGCAUUUGUGUCCCACCCAAUGAGUGGAUGAGACUUACCUCUCUGUCCGCUUUGGCUCCAGAGUCUCUCGCACAGUAACUCAAUGAGCUCUGAAGAGGAAUUAAAAGGUACAUUGUCAGAUUAUAUAUUUUAUAUAACAGAUUUAGGUAAUUGUGUGUGUAUAUGUGUACAUAUAAUUGUGUGCCGCUACUGAUGGUGCAGCUUCUGUUUUAGGAAUAAAGUGCGUCUACCUUAAA